UUGCCAUAAUUAGCAAGCUAGAAGCAAGUUAAUUAUGGCUUCCAAAUUGAUAUGUUUUUUGGUAAUCUUUUCUCUAACAUCACUUUUUAUGGGUGCUUCUAAUGCUUGGCUUAUGCAGCCAGACUUUUAUGCCUCUAGUUGCCCUAAUGUUGAACAAAUUGUGUACAAUACUAUGAAGCAAGCCGUUAGUAAGGAACCACGUAUGGGUGCAUCUAUUCUUCGCUUGUUCUUCCAUGAUUGCUUUGUCAACGGUUGUGAUGCAUCUGUACUCCUAGAUGAUACACCAACAUUUACAGGGGAGAAAACUGCUAAAGCAAAUGCAAACAACUCAAUAAGGGGUUUUGAAGUGAUUGAUGCAAUCAAGUGUAAUCUUGAAGCUGCUUGCCCCCAAACUGUAUCGUGUGCAGACAUUCUAGCUCUUGCAUCACGAGACGGAGUUAGAUUGUUAGGAGGGCCCACAUGGAAAGUACCACUAGGUAGAAGAGAUGCAAGAACAGCAAGCCUAAGCUUGGCAAACCAAAACCUUCCACCCCCACGUUCAAGCCUUGCUAACCUCACUUCCCUCUUUGCAAGACAAAACUUAAACAUCAACGAAAUGACCGCCCUCUCCGGCGGCCACACCAUCGGCCUCGCUCGUUGCAUCAACUUCCGACCCCACAUUUACAACGACACCGACAUAGAUCCCACCUUUGCAGCCACUCGCCAAGCCAACUGCCCUAAACAAGCUGGGAAUGGAGACUUCAACUUAGCCCCUCUUGAUCGUCAAACACCAAACAAAUUCGACAACGAUUAUUUUCAAAACCUUGUUCAAAAACGCGGUCUAUUACAUUCGGAUCAAGAGCUUUACAAUGGUGGUUCUCAAGAUUCCUUGGUGAAGAAGUAUAGUACUAAUCAAGCUGUUUUCUUUCAAGAUUUUGUUGCAGCGAUGAUCAAGAUGGGGAACAUUAAGCUUCUUACUGGUACUAAAGGAGAGAUUAGAAAGAACUGUCGCGUUAUCAAUUAGAUUAUUGUUAAUAUCAUCAGUUUAUUUCAUAAUUCUGGUUUUAAUUACACUUGUACGUACUAUAUAUAAAUGGAAAUUUUGUGAAAAA